AACAGGAUAGCAGCUUGGGCAGAGGAUCACCAGGUGUAUGCUGCCAACUCAGAGGAACCCACGCACAAAGCAGGAAAUACUAUCAACCUAGUGUUUACCUCGCUGACAGAUAUACGCACAAAUGUGCUCCAAGAGCUGUAUACAGGAUCUGACCACUAUACGCUAUAG